AUCCGCCGAUCUGCGCCGGGGAGCAGGCCUCCAGCGCCGACGACAGCCGCCAUGGCGAGGCCCUCGAAGCAGCCGGCGUCGUCCGACGAGGCCCUGUCUGACGGCUCCGAGGAGGAGGAGCCGCAGCAGCAGCAGCAGCUCAACGAGCCGGUCGACGAGGAGGACGAGGAGGAGCUCGAGGCCGUCGCCCGCUCGGCCAGCUCCGCCGACGAGGACGACGACGACGCCGCUCCUGCCGCCGGCGCGGCCGACGAGAAUGGCGAGGCCGAGGAGGAGGAGGAUGACGACGAGGAAGACAAUGUUGGGACAGAAGUGAGCAAGCGUGAGAAGGCCAGGCUUCGUGAAAUGCAAAGGUUGAAGAAGCAGAAGAUUCAAGACAUAUUGGAUCAGCAAAAUGCCGCUAUUGACGCUGAUAUGAAUAAUAAGGGAAAAGGGCGGUUGAAGUAUCUCCUGCAGCAAACUGAGAUUUUUGCUCAUUUUGCCAAAGGCAACCAAUCCGCUUCACAGAAGAUCAAAGGAAGGGGUCGUCAUGAAUCUAAAAUUACUGAAGAGGAAGAGGAUGAAGAAUGUCUUAAGGAGGAAGAAGAUGGCUUAUCUGGUACAGGAAACACGCGGCUGGUGACCCAACCCUCUUGUAUACAAGGGAAGAUGAGGGAUUACCAGCUUGCUGGAUUGAAUUGGCUCAUAAGAUUGUAUGAGAAUGGCAUUAACGGAAUACUUGCAGAUGAAAUGGGUCUUGGAAAGACGCUGCAGACUAUCUCGUUAAUGGGCUAUCUGCAUGAGUUCAGAGGAAUUACUGGUCCUCACAUGGUUGUUGCUCCAAAGUCAACUCUGGGUAACUGGAUGAAUGAAAUUCGCCGCUUUUGCCCAGUUCUCCGUGCUGUAAAGUUCCUUGGUAAUCCAGAAGAAAGGAGGUAUAUACGUGAAGAUCUAUUGGUUGCUGGGAAGUUUGAUGUAUGUGUUACCAGUUUUGAGAUGGCAAUUAAAGAGAAGUCUGCCUUGCGCCGAUUUAGCUGGCGAUAUAUAAUAAUUGAUGAAGCCCACAGGAUCAAGAACGAAAAUUCUCUACUUUCAAAAACGAUGAGGCUGUAUAAUACCAACUAUCGUCUCCUCAUCACUGGUACACCGCUUCAGAACAAUCUCCAUGAGCUGUGGUCUCUUCUGAACUUUCUGCUUCCAGAAAUAUUCAGUUCGGCAGAAACUUUUGAUGAGUGGUUUCAAAUUUCUGGUGAAAAUGAUCAGCAGGAAGUUGUCCAACAACUUCAUAAGGUUCUCCGGCCCUUUCUCCUCCGAAGGUUGAAGUCAGAUGUAGAGAAAGGUUUGCCUCCUAAGAAGGAAACAAUCUUGAAAGUUGGCAUGUCUCAGAUGCAAAAACAUUAUUACAGAGCUUUACUGCAGAAAGAUUUAGAAGUCGUUAAUGCUGGUGGAGAAAGAAAGCGUCUCUUGAAUAUAGCAAUGCAGUUGCGUAAAUGCUGUAAUCAUCCGUACCUUUUUCAAGGUGCUGAACCGGGCCCUCCUUAUACGACAGGAGAUCAUUUGAUAACCAAUGCAGGUAAAAUGGUUCUUUUGGAUAAGUUGCUUCCAAAACUAAAAGAACGUGAUUCUAGGGUCCUUAUUUUUUCACAGAUGACAAGGUUGCUGGACAUUCUUGAGGAUUACUUGAUGUUUCGUGGGUACCUGUAUUGUCGGAUUGAUGGUAAUACAGGUGGAGAAGAACGUGAUGCUUCCAUUGACGCUUUCAAUAAGCCAGGAAGUGAGAAGUUUGUAUUCUUGUUGUCCACAAGAGCUGGUGGUCUUGGCAUUAAUCUCGCUACUGCAGAUGUUGUCAUUCUCUAUGACAGUGACUGGAAUCCACAGGUUGAUUUGCAAGCACAGGAUCGUGCACACAGAAUUGGUCAGAAAAAGGAAGUUCAAGUGUUUAGAUUUUGCACAGAGUACACUAUUGAGGAGAAAGUGAUUGAGAGGGCCUACAAAAAGCUUGCCCUGGAUGCCUUGGUGAUUCAGCAAGGACGAUUGGCUGAGCAGAAAACUGUCAAUAAAGAUGAGCUGCUUCAAAUGGUCAGAUUCGGUGCAGAAAUGGUUUUCAGUUCUAAGGAUAGCACCAUUACAGAUGAGGAUAUUGACAGAAUUAUAGCCAAGGGAGAAGAGGCAACAGCUGAGCUUGAUGCCAAGAUGAAGAAGUUUACAGAGGAUGCAAUCAAAUUCAAGAUGGACGACACUGCUGAGCUCUAUGAUUUCGAUGAUGAAAAGGAGGAUAGUAAGUUUGACUUUAAGAAAAUCGUCAGCGAAAACUGGAUUGAACCUCCAAAAAGAGAGCGGAAGCGCAACUACUCGGAAUCUGAGUACUUUAAGCAAACGAUGCGGCAAGGUGGACCUGCAAAACCCAAAGAGCCUCGAAUUCCUCGCAUGCCUCAACUGCAUGACUUCCAGUUUUUCAACACUCAAAGGUUGAGUGAGCUAUAUGAAAAAGAAGUACGCUAUCUCAUGCAAACACAUCAGAAGAAUCAAAUGAAAGAUGCAAUAGACGUGGAUGAGACUGAAGAUGUAGGAGAUCCAUUGACAGCUGAGGAGCUGGAAGAAAAGGAGAGGUUAUUGGAAGAGGGAUUUUCAACAUGGAGUAGAAGAGACUUUAAUACCUUCAUCAGAGCUUGUGAAAAGUAUGGCCGGAAUGACAUCAAGAGUAUUGCUUCUGAGAUGGAAGGUAAAACAGAGGAAGAAGUUGAAAGAUAUGCAAAGGUUUUUAAAGAAAGAUACAAGGAAUUGAACGAUUAUGAUAGAAUUAUAAAAAAUAUUGAACGCGGAGAGGCUAGGAUAUCUCGAAAAGACGAGAUCAUGAAAGCUAUUGGAAAGAAAUUGGAUCGCUACAAGAAUCCAUGGCUGGAAUUGAAGAUUCAGUACGGUCAGAACAAAGGAAAAUUGUACAACGAAGAAUGCGAUCGGUUCAUGAUAUGCAUGGUUCACAAGCUUGGGUAUGGAAACUGGGAUGAACUGAAGGCGGCUUUUCGCACAUCACCUUUAUUUCGGUUUGAUUGGUUUGUGAAAUCUCGCACAACUCAAGAGCUUGCGCGGAGGUGUGACACACUCAUUCGGUUGGUGGAGAAGGAAAAUCAAGAAUAUGACGAGAGGGAGAGGCAAGCCCGUAAAGAGAAGAAGCUUGCCAAGUCUCAGAGCAUGACGCCAUCAAAGCGGGCCGUGUCUAGGCAGGCCAACGAGAGCCCAAGUUCCCUAAGGAAGCGCAAGCAAUCGUCCAUGGAUGACUAUCUCAGCUCGCAGGGAAAGAGGAGGAAAUGAAGGAAUUUGGCAGAGGACAAGUAUUACAAGAGAAGUCAGUUAAUGUUGGGCCCCCCUCAUUGCGACCGUCUACUCCUACUUUUUGAAUUUGCGGUGGAAGGUUAAGGGUAGUAAUUACAUAGCGAUAUUGCUAAGUAUGGUAGUUUUUCGAAGUUGUACACCAAAUGAUGAAUACCAGCUCCAAAAUGACCGCAUAUUUCGACCCUUGUAAUGGCUUCCGGUCCGUGGAGCUCUAUUCAAUUAACAUACCUUAGCGGGGACAGGAGAGUUUGUUGUUCA